AUGAAUUCCCCCCGUGCUACAGUUUUCAAUGACGCCAGGCUCGUCUGGGGCCACAAGUUCAAUUGGACUUCCGACCACAAGACCGAGUCGGAGAUCGCAAAUCUUCGGUACAGCUAUGACAAGCUUGCGACUGAUGCCUUGGACCGGCUCGACGACAUUUCACCACCAAAGUCGAAAUCAUGGAAAUGCCCCCAUGGCUCUGGAGAGGGUCAAAGAGACCUGUAUGCCUUGGUACAGGAACACGCCACCUCGGACGAAUUGCUAGGCAAGCUCUGGGACGAAAUCUCGACAGUCCCCGAGUGGGUUGACUGGGAGCAGAUCGAACGAGGCCAGCGUGUGGUGGACCAAUUCAAUGGACAGAUCCUACUCGGGCUCCUUUACAAAUCAUUGCUAGGGGGAAUGGGCGCCUGGCGAGUGGUUGAAACGCUCUCAAGAACCGGCGGCUUCGGUGUCCAUGUGACAAAGCGCCGCCUCCUGGAAACACUCCAACACUUUAUGGAAGUAACUGAUAACAUCGAUGCCAUCAAGCCCGGAGGCAAGGGGUUUACAUCUUCGGUGCGUGUACGACUGCUCCACGGAGCUGUCCGGCGUCGCCUGAUGCAACUGGAGCGCGAGAAACCGGGAUACUUUGAUGUCGACAAGUGGGGAGUUCCUAUAAAUGACCUCCACUGCAUGGGCACCAUAUCGGUAUACUCGGUCGCAAUUAUCUACAUGGCUCUUCCCCGGCAAGGUGUUUCCCUGACAGAGCAGCAGACAGCUGACUACCUUGCUCUUUGGCGAUGGGUUGGCUACCUCUUGGGCACCCCUGUGGAUUGGAUGGCGACACCCGCGCAGGCCAAAGUGAUGAUGGAAUCGAUCAUGACUUCGGAGAUGAACCCUUCGCACAACUCGCGGAUAUUAGCCAACAACAUCCUCACCGCCGAAGCUAAUGUUCCGCCUUUCUAUGCGCCCCGCGAGCUCCUCGUCGCUCAGGCCUACCAGCUCAAUGGCGACGAUCUAGCAAGUGCCCUCGGCAUUGAGAAGCCCCGCUGGUACUAUCGCAUCUUCGUCUCUGUUCAAUGUGUCGUUCUCAUGUUGUUGAGCUACAGCUACCCCUGGAUGCCAGCAUUCGCGCAAAGAGAAGGGGAUCGGAGAUUCAGGAACAUUGCCAAUCACAUGAUCCUCAGCAAAAGCCUCGGAGGCAUCGGCGAGCCCACCAAGUUCCAGUUCCAGUACCUCCCACGCAUCGGGAUGCUGACAGAACUGGGCACGCCCCAGGAUCUCGCCACCGAAAAGUUGGCUCCGAUGACGUUGAAACCGCCUCGGGCUGUGCUUGUCGUGAUGGCACUGCUGGGAGCAGCAGCGGUGACGUGCCUCGUGUUCGUGACCGGGUGGUUCUCGGCUGUGCCGCACGCGUUUUUGUCAUCCGUCAUGACCAAGCCGCAAGUACUGCAAAGCCUCAGUUGA